AUGGAUUUAAGUAUAAAGUUAUAUUCUCUUGCUAUUAGCGAGUACGAAUUAAGUGUUAUUCCUAUCGAGGAAUUGAAAAACAAGAAAAAGAUCGGAAGAGGUGCAUUUGGUUCUGUGUUUAAAUGCAAUAUAGACAGAGAUAUCAAAAUGGUGGCAAUAAAAGAAAUAUCUAUCGGUAAUGAUGACGAAAGCGCAUCUAUCAAGAAUUUUCUUAAUGAGUUAAAAUUACAUAGCAAGGCUAAAAGCAAUCGGAUUAUCGAAUUAUUUGGAAUAAGCCAUGAUAUGGACGCAGACUCAUGCUACCUUGUCAUGGAACUUGCUGACGGUCAUCUAAGAAAGUAUUUAUCCGAUAAAAAAGACGAACUCCAAUGGGAAGAGAAAAUAAAAAUUGCAGUUCAAUUAGCAGAAGGUGUGUCUUACAUUCACAAUGUGAUGAAAGUAGCGCACCGAGAUUUGCAUACCAAAAACAUUUUAAUGAAGCAUGGAGACGUAAAAAUAACGGAUUUUGGAUUAUCCAAGAAUCUAAACAGUGUUAUGUCAAGUAAAAGCGAUAUUCUUGGGAUGCUACCCUUCGUUGAUCCUCAAAAAUUAGAAAAUUCUCAUUACAAAACAGACACCAAAUCUGAUAUCUACAGCCUUGGUUUGUUGUUUUGGGAAAUCUCAAGCUGUCGUGUACCAUUUAACAAAUUAGACGCCGCUUUCGUCGUUAAAAAUAUAAUUGAGAAUAAGCGAGAAGAACCUGUAGUUGGAACACCGUUAUCUUUUGUUAAACUUUAUUCCAUAUGUUGGAACGCAACUCCUUCGCUUCGUCUAACCGCAGAUCAAGUCCUUAAGCAAAUAAAAUCUUUAUCUUUUGAGCCAGUUUACAACGGUGUUAACAUCACCAACGAAAAUUCAUCAGAUACAAGAGGUAUAACAAGUCAGACUAUUUUAUAG